ACCUCCAAAAAGUGUGCUGCGGUCUGUGCACAGCGUUAGUAUAACAUGAGGGCUGGAUAUAGCCCGUUCUCAUUCUCUGGAGGACUUCUUCGCCUGCUGCAGGAAAGAGAAGGCUGAAAGACAAACCUGGGUGCAGCCGGAAAGGUCCAGAUAGAUGAGCUUGUGGCAUCCAUUCCCCAAAUUCAGGGACUCCACCGUACCUCAGCUGGGUCUCAUUGUUCCUGAACUGCAUUAGUUAAGAUUACCCAAACUUGGAUUUCAAAGGAAUACUUUCAUUGUUCCACCUGUCACACCAAGUAAUUGGGGCCAGCUGGAUGUCAGGAUGCGCGUGGUUACCAUCUUAAUCCUGCUCUUCUUUUGUAAAGCCGCUGAGCGCAAAGGAAGCCCUGGCGGUGCGAGAAACCGAGUGAAUCACAGCCGGGCUGGUGGGAGCCGGAAAGGCUCCAGCCUGGUCAAACGCUACGCUCCAGGCCUCCCCUGUGAAGUGUACACAUAUCUUCAUGAGAAAUACUUAGAUUGUCAAGAGAGAAAACUAGUUUAUGUGCUGCCCGGCUGGCCUCAGGAUUUACUGCACAUGCUAUUAGCAAGAAACAAAAUCCGCGUACUGAAGAACAACAUGUUUUCCAAGUUUAAAAAGCUGAAAAGCUUGGAUCUGCAACAGAAUGAGAUCUCCAAAAUUGAGAGUGAGGCUUUCUUUGGUUUAAAUAAACUUACCACUCUCUUACUGCAGCACAACCAGAUCAAAGUCUUGACAGAGGAAGUGUUCAUUUACACACCUCUCCUGAGCUACCUGCGUCUUUAUGACAAUCCCUGGCAUUGUACUUGUGAGAUGGAAACGCUUAUUUCAAUGUUGCAGAUUCCAAGGAACCGGAAUUUGGGGAACUACGCCAAGUGUGAAAGCCCACAAGGACUAAAAAAUAAAAAACUGAGGCAGAUAAAAUCUGAACAGUUAUGUAAUGAAGAAGAAAAGGAACAAUUGGAUCCGAAACCCCAAGUGUCAGGGAAACCCCCAGUCAUCAAGCCCGAGGUGGACUCUUCUCUUUGCCACAACUACGUGUUUCCCAUACGAACACUGGACUGCAAAAGAAAAGAGUUGAAGAAAGUUCCAAACAACAUUCCUCCAGACAUUGUUAAACUUGACUUGUCACACAACAAAAUCAACCAACUUCGACCCAAGGAGUUUGAAGAUGCUCAUGAGCUAAAGAAAUUAAACCUCAGCAGCAACGGCAUUCAAUUCAUAGAUCCCGCUGCUUUUUUAGGACUCACACAUUUAGAAGAGUUAGAUUUAUCAAACAACAGUCUGCAAAACUUUGACUAUGGAGUAUUAGAAGACUUGUAUUUUUUGAAACUCUUGUGGCUCAGAGAUAACCCUUGGAGAUGUGACUACAACAUCCACUACCUCUACUACUGGUUAAUGCAUCACUACAACGUGCACUAUAAUGGCCUGGAGUGCAAAAUGCCCAAAGAAUACAAAGGGUGGUUUGUGGGAAAAUAUGUUCGGAGUUACUACGACGAAUGCCCCAAAGACAAAUUACCAGCAUACCCUGAAACAUUUGACCAGGAUACAGAAGAUGAUGAGUGGGAAAAAAUACAUAAGGAUCACACAGCAAAGAAACAAAGUUAAGUCAGCUUAUGCAUUGAAUAAAUUUCCAUUUCCGAUUCCUGUGCACUCCAAAAUGAGGUCCUGGUAAACCCAAAUUCUCAACUACUUUUCACUGAUCCUUGCAAAAAACUGUCAAGCUAGACCUGAAGGAGAAUUGCCACAGGCAAUAAGCCAAGAAUCUGAGAAUUAUAUUAGAGACCGCUCAGAAGAUGGGACUCUCAGAAGCAGUUGUAGAUGAUGUGAACAUGAGCUCUGAACAGGAUCAUUCCCAGGGAUCUAUUUGAAAAUAAAGCUCUGGAACACAUCAUGAUAGAAAUUGAUCCAGACCAUCCAAAAAUCACUGAUUAGGAUCUGGUGUUACUCUCCACCCAUCCUUCUAAAUGAUGCUUCAGAUUGUUCCUGGCUCUCAGCACCCACCGUGACCAUGGCUUUGAUUCUACUUUUCAGUGCCUGACGUCACCAGCAACUAGCCCUGCCUGUGCUCACUGAGACACCAGCCUGGGAUCUAGAGGUGACCGACCUGACUAGACAGCUGCUCCACCCUCCCUGUGCCACUCAGACUCUUCCUGAAGUUCCAGAAGCUUGGUGCCUGUGAAAACAACAACCUUCUCAAAGACACAAUGAUCAUAUCUGGG